CUUCUUUCUCCAAAAGGAGACCAAACCCAACCCUAAAAGAUAAAAACUCCAUUAGAGCAGCUAUCCAUCCUCACCAUUUAACACCUCCUGACGGGGCAUCUCCUCCAUCCCCAUUGGUCCGAGAGUCUAAAGAACCCCCAAACUCUGCAUUCUAUUCGAGUUUUGAAUUUCUAAGUCCCUAAAUUUUUAAUAGAUUGCGGAGAUCCUGAAAGAUCGUCCAUCUUGGUUUCGGGAGUGUCGGAGCCUAGAGGUUUUCACAAUGUUCCCUGCGGGUAAUGGAGGGACCAUUGAACUUGUGUACACACAGACAUAUGCUCCAACGACACUGGCUCCUGCCCGGGAUUUCUGGACUCUCAGAUACACUACAAGCCUGGAAAAUGGCAGUCUUGUGGUUUGUGAGAGAUCUCUAUCUGGUUCUGGGAGUGGCCCUAAUGCAGUUGCUGCUGCUCAGUUUGUAAGGGCUGAAAUGCUUCCUAGCGGCUAUUUGAUUCGACCAUGUGAAGGUGGAGGGUCAAUUAUUCACAUCGUAGACCACCUAAAUCUUGAGGCCUGUAGUGUGCCAGAAGUGUUGCGUCCACUUUACGAAUCAUCAAAAGUGGUGGCCCAAAAAAUGACAAUUGCAGCACUUAGAUAUAUAAGGCAAAUAGCCCAGGAAACAAGUGGUGAAGUGGUAUAUGGAUUGGGUCAGCAGCCUGCUGUUCUUCGAACAUUUAGCCAAAGAUUGAGCAGAGGCUUCAAUGAUGCUGUGAAUGGAUUCAAUGAUGACGGAUGGACUGUACUAAACUGUGAUGGUGCUGAGGAUGUAAUUAUUGCAGUUAAUUCAACCAAGAAUUUGAGUGGCACUUCUAAUCCUGCUAGUUCCCUUACAUUUCUUGGAGGAAUUCUCUGUGCAAAAGCUUCUAUGUUGCUCCAAAACGUCCCUCCUGCUGUUUUGGUUCGCUUUCUCAGGGAGCACCGCUCAGAGUGGGCUGAUUUCAAUGUUGAUGCUUAUGCUGCCGCAUCACUGAAAGCUGGCUCCUAUGCUUAUCCAGGAAUGAGGCCUACAAGAUUCACUGGCAGUCAAAUAAUCAUGCCCCUUGGCCAUACAAUUGAACAUGAAGAGAUGCUGGAAGUUAUUCGGCUUGAAGGCCACUCUCUUGCCCAAGAAGAUGCUUUUGCUUCUAGGGACAUUCAUCUCUUACAGAUAUGCAGCGGAAUUGAUGAGAAUGCUGUGGGGGCUUGUUCCGAGCUUAUAUUUGCUCCAAUUGACGAAAUGUUCCCUGAUGAUGCUCCAUUGGUACCAUCUGGCUUCCGCAUCAUCCCAUUGGAUUCAAAACCAGGCGAUAAAAAGGACGCAACGACUUCUAACAGGACCCUUGACUUGACAUUUGGGCUUGAAGUUGGCCCGGCGACUACUCAGGGCGCAGGAGAUGCAUCAUCAAGUCAAAACACCCGAUCAGUGUUGACCAUCGCGUUCCAGUUUCCUUUUGACAGCAAUUUGCAAGAUAAUGUUGCUGUCAUGGCACGACAAUAUGUCCGUUGUGUGAUUUCUUCUGUCCAAAGGGUUGCUAUGGCUAUAUCUCCUGGAAUGAACCCUAACGUUGGGUCUAAACUAUCUCCUGGUUCUCCAGAAGCCCUUACACUAGCUCACUGGAUCUGCCAGAGUUAUAGUUACUAUUUAGGGUCUGACUUGCUGAGAUCAGAUUCUCUUGUUGGCGACUCGAUGUUGAAGAGUUUGUGGCAUCAUCAGGAUGCCAUUUUGUGCUGCUCACUGAAGUCGCUGCCAGUGUUCAUCUUUGCGAAUCAAGCUGGCCUUGACAUGUUGGAAACAACCCUAGUGGCUUUACAAGACAUCACAUUGGACAAAAUUUUUGACAAAUCCGGUCGCAAGGCAUUGUGUGCAGACUUUGCAAAGUUAAUGCAGCAGGGUUAUGCUUAUCUACCAGCUGGAAUAUGCAUGUCAACAAUGGGGAGGCAUGUUUCAUAUGAACAAGCCAUAGCAUGGAAAGUGCUUGCUGCAGAAGACAACACUGUUCAUUGCUUAGCUUUCUCUUUUAUAAAUUGGUCAUUUGUAUGAUAAUGGAUCCAAUUUGGUGUUUCCCACUUUGAACAUUAAAAAAGAAUUGAAAGGGGGCAAAUAUGGAAGUUCCAAAU